GUCCGAUACAACCAGAAAAUCCAGAACUAGAAACGUAGUAAGAUAACAGUUUAGUUCGUUCUCGAUACUCGUUGUCUUCCUCUCUGGUACAUUUCGAGCUGAAAGCAAAGAAACCAUCAAUGGCGGGAAACGACUGGAUUAAUAGUUACCUGGAAGCGAUUCUCGAUGUUGGACCAGGACUCGACAACCCCAAGUCAUCGUUGCUGUUGAGGGAGAGAGGCAGAUUCAGUCCCACUCGAUACUUCAUCGAGGAAGUCAUUACUGGUUUCGAUGAGACCGAUCUCUACCGCUCAUGGGUUCGGGCAUCGGCGACAAAGAGUCCGCAGGAGAGGAAUACGAGAUUGGAGAAUAUGUGUUGGAGAGUUUGGAAUUUGGCACGGCAGAAGAAGCAGCUUGAAGGAGAGGAGGCUCAGCGUAUGGCCAAACGUCAUCUUGAGCGUGAAAAAGGUCGCAGAGAGGCAAUUGCUGAUAUGUCGGAAGACUUGUCAGAAGGAGAAAAAGGAGAUGUCGUCAGUGAAUUGUCAGCUCAUGGUGAAAGCAACAGAGGCAGAAUGCGUAGAAUCAGUUCCGUAGAUGUUAUGGAGACCUGGGCUAGUCAACAAAAGGAAAAGAAAUUGUACCUUGUGUUGAUUAGCCUCCAUGGCCUAAUACGGGGUGAAAAUAUGGAGCUUGGCCGUGAUUCUGAUACCGGUGGUCAGGUUAAAUAUGUUGUGGAACUUGCAAGGGCUUUAGGCACAAUGCCAGGAGUUUAUCGGGUUGAUUUGUUAACGAGACAAGUAGCGGCACCUGAUGUAGAUUGGAGUUAUGGUGAACCAACAGAGAUGCUGACACCGAGAAACUCUGAUGGUUUCACAGAUGACAUGGGAGAGAGCAGUGGUGCUUAUAUUGUCCGUAUACCAUGUGGGCCAAGGGAUAAAUAUAUUGAAAAGGAACUUUUGUGGCCCCACAUUCCUGAAUUUGUUGAUGGUGCUCUUAACCAUAUACUACAGAUGUCAAAGGUUCUAGGAGAACAGAUUGGAGGUGGGCAACCAGUCUGGCCCGCUGCCAUCCAUGGGCAUUAUGCAGAUGCGGGUGAUUCUGCUGCUCUUCUGUCUGGGGCUUUGAAUGUUCCGAUGCUUUUAACUGGCCACUCACUUGGUCGGGAUAAGCUUGAACAACUUCUGAAACAAGGGCGCAUGUCCAAGGAUGAAAUAAAUUCCACAUACAAAAUAAUGCGUCGGAUAGAGGGUGAAGAGAUAUCUCUUGAUGCAUCUGAAAUAGUAAUCACUAGUACAAAACAGGAGAUAGAAGAGCAAUGGCGUUUGUAUGAUGGUUUUGAUCCGAUACUAGAGCGCAAACUGCGAGCAAGGAUCAAGCGUAAUGUUAGCUGUUUUGGCAGGUUCAUGCCUCGGAUGGUUGUUAUUCCUCCUGGAAUGGAGUUCCAUCAUAUUGUUCCACAUGAUGGUGAUAUGGACGGUGAAACAGAAGGAAAUGAAGAUAAUUCAUCUUCUCCAGAUCCACCCAUUUGGCCAGAGAUAAUGCGCUUCUUUACCAACCCACGCAAGCCUAUGAUACUUGCCCUUGCUAGACCGGACCCUAAAAAGAACAUUACAACUUUGGUCAAAGCCUUUGGAGAAUGUCGCCCAUUAAGGGAGCUUGCUAAUCUCACAUUAAUAAUGGGGAAUAGAGAUUCUAUUGAUGAAAUGUCCAGCACGAAUGCAUCUGUUCUUUUGACAAUCAUUAAGCUGAUUGACAAAUAUGAUAUGUAUGGUCAAGUAGCGUAUCCUAAACACCACAAACAAUCUGAUGUUCCUGACAUUUACCGUCUGGCUGCAAAGACAAAGGGUGUUUUCAUCAAUCCGGCUUUUAUUGAGCCAUUUGGCCUUACUUUGAUAGAGGCUGCAGCUUAUGGUUUGCCUAUUGUCGCCACAAAAAAUGGUGGUCCUGUUGAUAUACAUCGGGUUCUUGAUAAUGGUCUCCUUGUUGAUCCUCAUAAUCAGCAGUCUAUAGCUGAUGCUCUUCUGAAGCUUGUUGCGGAUAAGCAACUCUGGGCAAAAUGUCGCCAGAAUGGAUUGAAAAAUAUUCACCUUUUCUCAUGGCCAGAACAUUGUAAGAAUUACCUAUCUCGGAUUGCCAGUUGUAGGACAAGGCACCCACAAUGGCAGAGAAAUGAUGAUGAAAAUGAAAGUUCAGACUCAGAUUCACAAGGUGAUUCCCUGAGAGAUAUCCAGGAUCUAUCUCUGAACCUAAAGCUUUCAUUGGAUGGUGAAAAAAACGAAGAUAGUGCCAUUCUUGAUAGUGCUUUAGAUUCUGAAGAAACUUCUGAUGACCGGAAGAGUAAGUUAGAGAAUGCUGUUUUGACAUGGUCAAAGGGUGUUCUAGGAGAGACAAACAAGGCUGGGAACACUGAGAAAGCAGACCAGAAUUCCAUGGUUAGUAAAUUCCUAGCAUUGAGAAAGAGGAAACACAUUUUUGUCAUUGCUGUGGACUCUGAUACUAGCACAGAGCUACUUGAAUACAUUCAAAAGGUUUUUGAGGCUGCAAGGACGGCUAGAGCUUCUGGCUCUGUAGGGUUCAUACUGUCAACAGCACUGACCAUAUCUGAGAUACAAACUCUUCUCCUCUCAGGAGGCCUGAGUGCAACUGAUUUUGAUGCUUUCAUCUGUAACAGCGGUAGUGAAAUUUACUAUCCAUCUUCAAGUUCUGGGGGUCGCUCUGAGUUUCCUUUUGUAGUUGACUCAGAUUAUCAUUUGCAUAUUGAAUACCGUUGGGAUGGAGAAUGGUUGAGAAAGACAUUGGUCCGUUGGGCUGCUUCAAUUGUUGAUAAGAAGGGAAAAACUGAAGAACAGAUUGUUACAGAAGAUGAACAGCGUUCAACCUCAUAUUGCUAUGCAUUUAAUGUGAAAAACCCAGAAUUGGUCCCUCCUGUCAAGGAGCUCCGGAAAUUGUUGAGAAUUCAGGCUCUUCGGUGUCAUGUUAUAUACUGUCAAAAUGGCACAAAGCUGCAUGCAAUUCCUGUACUGGCUUCUCGUUCUCAGGCCCUGAGGUAUCUAUAUGUUCGAUGGGGUGUGGAGUUAUCAAAUAUGGUUGUUUUCGUGGGAGAAUAUGGGGACACAGAUUAUGUAGGAUUGAUUGGUGGGGUCCACAAGACUAUUAUAUUCAAGGGUGUCUGCAGCAGUGCGUCUGCCCUGCUUCAUUCAAGCAUAACCUACCCACUUGAAGAUGUUGUGCCUGUCGACAGUCCAAAUAUUGUUCAGACUACUGAGCAGUGCAGCAGUAAUGACAUACGAGUGUCACUGGGUAAACUUGGGGUUCUCAAGGCCUAGAAGAGUAGAGACUACUCCAUCUGCUCCUCCUAUAUCUGGAUGUAGUUAGGUU